GACGGAGGGACGGACGGACGGACGGACAGACAGAGGGAGGGACGGACGGAGGGAGGGAGGGAGGCUGAGAUCGCAGGCAGGAAGGAAGGGAAGCGCAUUGAAUGCUAACGAGGGGAGUGAAGGUUCAAGCAGCGCUAAAAGGUGGGGGGUGGGUGGUGGUUUAACAUCAAGCAAUGGAGAAGUACAAUUAACCUGGUAUGUGCCAGAUCGCGAUUCACGCCGGUCGUCAUCAUCAUCAUCAUCACCUACAAUCGGUACAACCAUCUUCAUCUUCGUUUCUGCUGAGUGAGAUGCCUCGAGCCUGAAUGGGACCCGCGUUCUGACGAUGGAGAUUGAGAAUAUCGUGGCCAAUACUGUGCUGCUGAAGGCGAGAGAAGGCGGUGGUGGGAAGAGGAACGGAAGGAGCAAGAAAUGGAAGGAGAUGCUGAAGUUGCCGCAUAUCAGCCAGUGUGAGGAGCUAAGGAGAACUAUUGAAAGGGACUACUCCAGCCUGUGCGAGAAGCAGCCCAUCGGACGGCUGCUCUUCCGGCAGUUCUGUGACACGCGGCCAGAGCUGAAGCGAUGCAUAGAGUUCCUAGACGCUGUGGCCGCAUAUGAGCUGGCGCCAGACGAGAAGCGGAGAGACUGCGGCUUGAAUGUUUUAGACACGUACUUUAAUAACGGGUCAGCGGCCCAUUUACCAGAAAUACCUCAGGAGGUCGUGGGGGAAUGCCGAGAGAAGCUUGAGAGGAGUCCGUGCAAGGAGCUCUUCAAGGAGUGCACAAGGAUUGUUUGUGAAUACCUUAGUGGAGCGCCGUUUUCUGCCUACCAAGAGACAAUGUAUUUCUCUCGGUUUCUGCAGUGGAAGUGGCUGGAGAGGCAGCCCGUAACCAAAAAUACCUUCAGACAUUACAGAGUACUCGGAAAGGGUGGAUUUGGAGAGGUUUGCGCCUGCCAAGUCCGCGCCACCGGUAAGAUGUACGCCUGUAAAAAGCUAGAAAAGAAACGAGUAAAGAAGAGAAAAGGUGAAGCCAUGGCAUUAAACGAAAAGCGCAUUUUAGAAAAAGUUAACAGUAAUUUUGUAGUUAGUUUAGCAUAUGCCUAUGAAACCAAGGAUGCCCUGUGUCUAGUCCUAACCAUAAUGAAUGGGGGAGAUCUGAAGUUCCACAUCUACAACAUGGGAAACUCGGGCUUUGAUGAGCAGCGGGCUAUUUUUUAUGCAGCAGAAAUCUGCUGUGGCUUGGAGGACCUGCACCGGGAGAGAAUUGUCUACAGGGACUUAAAACCUGAAAACAUCCUUUUAGAUGACCGUGGUCACAUCCGAAUCUCUGACUUGGGGUUAGCGGUGCAAAUCCCAGAAGGAGAGACGAUACGAGGCAGGGUGGGCACCGUGGGCUACAUGGCUCCGGAGGUGAUUCAGAAUGAGAGCUACACCUUCAGCCCAGACUGGUGGGGCUUGGGCUGCCUCAUCUUCGAGAUGAUCCAAGGCCAGUCGCCCUUCCGCCGGCGCAAGGAGCGUGUCAAACGCGAGGAGGUGGACCGCCGUGUACGUGAAGACCAGGAGGAAUACUCAGACAAGUUCUCCGAGGAGGCCAAGGACAUUUGUAGGCUGCUGCUAGCUAAAGACCCGAAAGAGAGGCUAGGCUGCCAGGGCCGGGGGGCGGUCGAGGUGAAGCAGCACCCCAUCUUUCGCAACAUCAACUUCAAGAGACUUGAGGCCAACAUGCUGGACCCACCCUUCAUCCCUGACCCGCGGGCAGUCUACUGCAAGGAUGUCCUGGACAUCGAACAGUUCUCCACUGUCAAAGGAGUGAACCUGGACCCCACAGAUGACGACUUCUACCACAAGUUUGUCACAGGAAGUGUCUCCAUCCCCUGGCAGAAUGAGAUGAUCGAGAUGGAGUGCUUCAAAGAGAUCAACGUUUAUGAGACGGACGGUGCCCUGUGCCCUGACUUGGACGUGAACAGACCGAACCCCCCGCCAAAGAGAGGCUUCUUCUACAGGCUCUUCAGGAGAGAGGUCUGCUUUAAGAGUGGCUACAGCGACGAGGAGGAGGAGCCCUCCAGACUUUAAACCACUCUGUCCGCCAAAAGAUC